AUGACAUCGGCAACCCGCGUGGAUUUCACUAUUUUGGCGCUUAGCCGCGCUAAAAGCCCAGCCGCACAAGACACCCGCACAUCGGCUUUAGGGCUUGAAAGGAAGCAUAUGCGAACUGCUAAUUUUGCCAUUCGCGAUAGUGUUGACCUCCAGUUCCUCAAGUAUGGGGAACUGGAAGUCGAGUUCCGCGACGGGUGUAUGUUUCAAUUCCAGGAGCACUAUGGUCUUGCAGGUGACAGUAAUACGUGGCUUCAGCACAUAGCUGUUGAGCGACCAGACACCUUACCCGCUCUCAUUGCUAUAACGCUACUCAAGUUCAUUCAGAGUAAAGGGUUCUGA